AUGAACGGCGAGAGCCGGAGAUGGGAUCGCAAGGACUCAUGGCGGAGCUCGAAGAAGCAAAAGCUGAUGCGCACCGCCGAUGAGGAGUUGGAGUCCAAGCUCGGCUUCGAUCUCUUUACUGAAGGUGAUAAACGACUCGGUUGGCUCCUCACUUUCGCUUCCUCUUCUCUGGAGGAUGAAGAGACCGGUAGAGUCUUUAGUUGCGUUGAUCUUUACUUUGUUUCUCAGGAUGGUUCUGCUUUCAAGUCGAAGUACAAGUUCCGUCCUUACUUCUAUGCGGCCACAAAGGAGAAAAUGGAAAUGGAUGUCGAGGGCUAUUUGCGGCGUCGCUAUGAAAGUCAAAUUGCUGAUAUUGAGAUUGUGGAGAAGGAGGAUUUAGAUCUUAGAGAUCUAUUGCAUGUUGUUCACAGAAAUCAGGCAAAGUCUGAUGCAGCAGAAGCAUAUGAGUCCAUACUGACAGGAAAAAGAGAACAAAGACCUCAGGAUUUUCUUGAUUGUAUCAUUGAUCUCCGGGAGUAUGAUGUCCCAUACCAUGUUCGAUUUGCCAUUGACAAUGAUAUACGUUGUGGCCAGUGGUAUGAUGUUAGUGUCUCCAGUACAGGUGUUAUGCUUGAGAAGAGGACAGAUCUUCUGCAACGUGCGGAGGUUCAUGUUUGUGCAUUUGAUAUUGAAACAACCAAGCUUCCUUUGAAAUUUCCAGAUGCAGACUAUGAUUUGAUAAUGAUGAUAUCAUACAUGGUUGAUGGACAAGGUUACUUGAUUAUCAACAGAGAGUGUGUAGGGGAAGAUAUAGAAGAUUUAGAAUAUACUCCAAAACCAGAAUAUGAAGGCUAUUUCAAGGUGACAAAUGUGCAAAAUGAGGAUGAACUUCUCAGACAGUGGUUUGCCCACAUGCGAGAGGUGAAACCUGGUAUUUAUGUUACAUACAAUGGUGAUUAUUUCGACUGGCCCUUCCUGGAAAGCAGGGCAGCUUCUCAUGGGUACAAGAUGAGUGAUGAGGUUGGAUUCUCAUGUGACAAGAAUCAAGGGGAGUGCCGUGCUAAAUUUGCUUGCCAUUUGGAUUGUUUUGCUUGGGUCAAACGUGAUAGUUAUUUGCCUCAGGGAAGCCAAGGCCUUAAGGCGGUUACAAAGGCAAAGUUGGGUUAUGAUCCGCUUGAGGUGAAUCCAGAGGACAUGGUUCGUUUUGCAAAAGAAAAGCCUCAGAUGAUGGCCUCCUAUUCAGUUUCUGAUGCUGUUGCAACCUAUUAUUUGUACAUGACCUAUGUUCACCCUUUCAUUUUCUCUCUCGCAACCAUAAUUCCCAUGUCACCAGAUGAGGUCUUACGCAAAGGUAGCGGGACACUUUGUGAAAUGCUUCUUAUGGUGCAGGCAUAUAUGGCAAAUGUUAUCUGCCCUAACAAGCAUCAAUCUGACCAAGAGAAGUUCCAUAAGAAUCAUCUUCUUGAGAGUGAGACAUAUAUUGGAGGUCACGUGGAAUGCCUUGAAAGUGGUGUUUUCAGAUCUGAUCUUCCAACCAGUUUUAAGCUUGAUCCUUCUGCCUACGAACUACUUAUCAAGAACCUUGACCGAGAUCUGCAAUAUGCUAUAAGAGUAGAGGGUAAGAUGGACUUGGAUUCAAUCUCCAAUUAUGAUGAAGUGAAGAACGCUAUCAUGGAUAAGCUUGUGCGUCUGAGGGCUGAACCUGUUCGUGAAGAAUGCCCACUCAUUUAUCAUCUUGAUGUGGCUGCGAUGUAUCCAAACAUUAUUUUAACAAACAGGCUUCAGCAUGGAGAAUUAGUGUUUGGUGUGAGUACUUGGUGGUUGACUGUCUGUGAUGGGAUUGGCGUAUCUAUAGUGGAAUGUCGAGAUACACCCUCAUCUAUAGUUACAGACGAGAUCUGCACUGCCUGUGACUUCAACCGCCCAGACAAAACUUGCCUACGGAAGCUUGAAUGGGUUUGGCGUGGUGAAAUAUUUACGGCAAAGAAAAGUGACUAUUAUCAUAUGAAGAAGCAAAUUGAGUCUGAGUUUGUUGAUGGCACUGAUGGUCAGUUGUCAAAAUCCUUUCUUGAUCUGUCUAAGAUAGAUCAACAAUCAAAGCUGAAAGAGCGUCUAAAGAAAUACUGUCAGAAGGCAUAUAAACGAGUACUUGACAAACCUGUCACUGAAGUUCGAGAAGCUGGGAUCUGCAUGCGGGAAAACUCAUUUUAUAUAGACACUGUUCGUAGUUUUCGAGAUAGAAGGUAUGAAUACAAAGGACUUAAUAAGGUUUGGAAGGGUAAGUUGUCAGAAGCCAAGGCCAGUGGAAAUUCUAUUAAGAUCCAAGAAGCACAGGACAUGGUAGUGCUUUAUGAUUCUUUGCAACUUGCUCACAAAUGUAUUCUGAAUUCAUUCUAUGGAUAUGUCAUGCGCAAGGGCGCAAGAUGGUACUCAAUGGAAAUGGCUGGUGUAGUUACAUAUACUGGAGCAAAAAUCAUUCAGAAUGCUCGUCUGCUUGUUGAUAAAAUUGGAAAGCCACUUGAAUUGGACACAGAUGGUAUUUGGUGUGUCCUCCCUGGAUCUUUUCCAGAGAACUUUACUUUUAAAACAAAGGACUCAAAGAAAAAGCUGACAAUCUCAUAUCCAUGUGUUAUGCUCAAUGUUGAUGUGGCAAGAAACAACACAAAUGAGCAAUACCAGACACUUGUAGACUCUGUAAAUAAAACAUACGCAACUCAUAGUGAAUGCUCCAUUGAAUUUGAAGUGGAUGGCCCAUACAAGGCAAUGAUUCUUCCUGCUUCUAAGGAAGAAGGAAUUUUAAUUAAGAAGCGAUAUGCUGUUUUCAAUGAUGACGGAACCCUUGCGGAGCUUAAAGGUUUUGAGAUCAAGCGUAGAGGUGAGCUGAAACUCAUCAAAGUCUUCCAGGCUGAGCUUUUUGACAAGUUCCUCCAUGGAUCAACCUUAGAGGAAUGCUACUCGGCUGUAGCUGCUGUGGCAAACCGCUGGCUUGAUCUUCUUGAUAAUCAAGGAAAGGAUAUUGCCGACAGUGAGUUGCUUGAUUACAUAUCUGAAUCAAGCACAAUGAGCAAGUCCUUGUCAGACUAUGGUGAACAAAAGUCAUGUGCAGUAACCACUGCAAGGCGUCUUGCAAAUUUUCUGGGUGAUACAAUGGUUAAAGAUAAAGGAUUGCGUUGCCAGUAUAUAGUUGCAUGUGAACCAAGGCUCUAUCUUACUUCCACUAUUGCUAUGGAAUUAAAAGUUAGCCGUACUAUCGAGUUUGAGUUGUUCAUCCUCACUGUAUAUGAGACAACGACAAGUGGGCUGACUGGAACACCUGUGAGUGAGCGUGCUGUUCCUGUUGCAAUAUUUGAAACUAAUGCUGAAAUAAUGAAGUUCUAUUUACAAAAAUGGUGCAAGUCUUCUUUGGAUGUUGGUAUUCGCUCCAUCAUUGACUGGUCUUAUUACAAGCAACGGCUGAGUUCAGCAAUUCAAAAAAUUGUUACAAUUCCGGCUGCAAUGCAAAAGGUUGCAAACCCUGUCCCUAGGGUGGUUCAUCCUGAUUGGCUGCACAGGAAAGUUCGUGAAAAGGAGGACAAAUUUCGUCAGCGGAAAUUGGUUGAUAUCUUCAACUUACGCAGCAGAGAGGAUCUCUCCAUAAAGACAGAUGAUGCCACCAUCACAAAUAAUGUAAUGGAUGAGGAGAAUGUUGGAGAUUUAGAAGAUUUCCAAAUUAAAAGCAGUUCUAUAAAUAGGCCCAGACCAAUUGUUCGUUGUUAUGACGUCAACAAUGAAAGACGUUCUGUCAUGAAAACUGGCCAAUUGAAUUCUGCAGAACAGCAAACUGAAAGUGUGCAUGAAAUAUCUUUACAGUCGCAAAACAAGACUUCCUAUGCUGAAAAUAUUGACAGAAAUGUUGAUUAUCAAGGAUGGCUUGAAUUGAAGAAGAGAAAAUGGAAAGAUGUUUUAGACAGGAGGAAGAAGCAGCGAAGGUUGGACAAUUCAAGGACUGCACACCGAGCUACUGAUGCUUCUGAGCUGCUAGGUGGUCUAACCAAUCAUAAAGCAGCUCAGCGCAGAACUGGUGUUGGUUCCUACUUCACAACAAAUGAAGCAGCCCUAACACGGUGCCACUGGCAGAUAAUACAGCUACUUCCAAGCUCACGUUGUGGCCAAUAUUUUGCAUGGGUGGUUGUGGAGGGAAUCAUGCUUAAGAUUCCUAUAACUAUUCCACGAGUAUUUUAUCUUAACUCUAAAGAAACUAUGAUGGAAAAUUUUCCUGGUAGGCGUGUCAACAAGACACUUCCUCAUGGAAGGCAUAGCUAUAACCUAGUUGAGGUUGUCAUAGAUGAAGACAGGUUCAGGAAGGAAAGCAAGAAACUAGCAGCGCUUCUUGCAGAUCCAGAAGUUGAGGGGAUAUAUGAAUCUAAGGUGCCAUUGGAGUUUAAUGCUGUAAUCAAGAUUGGUUGUGUUUGUAAAGUGGAUAAAACAGCUAAGAAGCGAAAUGCUCAGGAUGGCUGGAGUCUGAGGCGUGCUAUAUAUGUUAUUUAUUUGCCUCCAUUGAGGAUGGUUUCUGUUGUGGUUGUUAAUCCUUACCAAAAUAAGGAUAUAACACCAUCUUUUCUUGAAAGACAAUUCCGUGAAGCUUGCCAAGCAUUGUCUAUUGAAGCACCACCUCCGAGGAAUAGUAUUAUUUUCAAGGUGGACUAUGUUGGACAUGUCAAGGAUGCUGAAAAGAUUUUACAAGGAACAAUUAUUGAACUCAGAGACAAGCAUCAUGGACCAACACUUGCUGUCAUUGAAUGCCCAAAUGUGCAUUUGAUGAAGUCAGGUGUACCAGCUCUUGAUAAUUUCCCUUGUGUUAGCAUACCUUCGAAUGCUCGUGAUAGCCAGUAUCAGGUCCUUGGGUGGCAACAAGCAGCCGCAAAAAUUGGAAUGCAACGUUCUGCUGCCUCAUCCCAGUGGUUGAAUGAAAGAAUUUCUCUCUCAAGAUAUGCCCAUGUACCCUUGGGAAAUUUUGAACUUGACUGGCUUAUAUUCACAGCAGAUGUCUUCUUUUCCAGAGCAUUACGUGAUCAACAACAGGUGCUUUGGAUAUCUGAUGAUGGUGUUCCAGAUUUAGGAGGUAAUUGUGAAGAAUCUACAUGUUUUGCCGAUGAGGGUGGUGCUUGGGGAGAUGCUGAUUGGCCUUGA